GUUCGCUCCCGACCCCCGAAAUGGUCGCCUUACAUCCAAACUGGACGUUGACGUCCGCGGUUCUAGGUUAGCUCUGUACGCGUAACAGCAGCGCGUAAAGCCCGCACAAAAAAAAGUACCGCGUAAACCGUGGUAUGCGUAGUGGCCGGAUUUGAAUUUGCUUUCGGGGGGCGAAUUAUUUUUGGCGCCUUUUCGAUAACCCGGGAAAAGUGGUGCGUGGUGCCUGGAUAUCGUGGUGGUGUGCCAGUCUCCCGCCUUCAAUCUGGGUGUUGUCAUGCAAUAGGCGACACGACGUGACCACGGACAUCUGUUUGUUAUUGUUUUCGGGGCCCGGUGGAUUUGCGUGCUCGCCCACAAGUUAGAAUGGUGCUUCUGCCCGAAAGUGAAUUAAGGACGAAGCAUAGGGAUUUGUGCGGGCUCCUCAAUCUCGAGGACGAUAUCGUCGAUGCGUCCUGGGAGAAGUUUCAGAAAAUUUACAAGAACUAUGCGCUGGAGGGGGAUGUCACACAGUGGCUUGGAUUUGCAAUAUUCGAGGUGUGCCAGUCUGCUGAGACACAAACAGUUGACCAGGCCGUAAUGAAAGGGAGCUGUGUCAGUUUCACUAGUCUUUUGCGACACAGUAAUUUGAGCUUUGUUCAAUUUUUUUCCAACAUUUACAAAUGGAUGGAAAUGGCACGGUUGGGAGAUGAGUUCCAACAAAAAGUAAAACACCUCAAGAAUACGUUCACAGUCGCCUACAACACAUUCAACGAGUACCAACAAAAAUACAACCGGAUAUUCGUGACGCCCGACCCCCAAGAACUGGAACAAAACAAACAACACAGAAACCGAAAACAAAAGCCACUGCUAUGUUCGAGCGCCAAAAUCUUCGAGUUCACCUGGAACCUGUUCAACACGUUAAAGAUGGAAGAACCGAAUUACAGCAGCGACCUGACCAAAUCGUACCACAUAAUGUACUCGUGCCUGGACUUCGCGUUCAGGAACGCCUACCAGGCGGACAGACGGGACAUCCUGAAGGCCGAGUUCGUCGGAGUGGCCGAAGACUGCAACAAAACUGGCAUGCAGCCGACGGAGCCGCCCUGCAUCAUCAAGCACCUGUGCAGGUGCGAGAACUCGCUGACGGAUGCCAUGCACAUAAAGACGUACAAGUUUCGGGAGCUGAUGAUGCAGCUGAUCGACAAGGACGUGUUGCAUGGGAUCGAUAAUUUCGUUGGCGCCUUCGAUCCCAGCGUGUUCGAGGUGAACGCGAAGAACAUAUCGAAGGCCUACGAGAUGCAGCUGUCGACUAAAUGUUGUUUCGAUGAGAGAAUAUUCCUUGCUGAAUACAAAAGGAAACUGUUGGAACAACAGCAACACAUAAUCACAAAAUCUGUACUUUCUGAACAUGGUGAUAUAUCAGCUUUGGAGUCUCCAAGAGUGGCUCCCGCGGGUUUUCAAACGCCCUUGACGGGUCGUAGAUUCGUAGGUCCCAAAGAUCAAGAGACUGACGAUUCAGAAAUGACCCACAGUAAAUCGUUGCUUCACAACAUGCUAAAUGGUGUGUCGGCUGCUCCAAGCGACAGGCUUCUGCUGUUGUUCCAGAACUGUUCGGAAAACCCGAAGGACAAAAUCGAUGGCGUCGUCAGCGAGUUCCGUCAAAUCUUCCUGCGGUCCUACGAACACAGAAAAUUGACGCAGGAAGAGGUGACCAGUCGGAUUGAUAUGGGCGUGCGUCUAUUCUAUAAAUUCAUAGACAGCAUAUUGCACCGCGAGAAGACGUUCAACAGGAACGACAUAUCGGCGAUAGUGUCAAUGGAGAUAUUCUACAAAUGUACGUUGGUUGGUGCCUUGGAAAUUGUGACGUUCGUCUUCGACAACAACAAGAAACUGAACCGGGAUUUCCCCUGGAUCCUCGACGUUUUCAACGUCAGGCCGUACGACUUCGUUAAAGUAAUAGAACUGAUAGUCCGAACCAUUGACGGACUGUCGAGGCAAAUCAUCAAGCACUUGACCAGGGUCGAAGAGACAAUCUUGGAGAGUCUGGCGUGGACGUCGGACAGUGUGCUGUGGCAGAUGAUAGAGACGGCCGGGGAAAUUCCGAAGUUCAAGGAAACUGCUCGGCCAGAACAAAUCACAAGCGACUCAAUGGUCACCACUGGAAGUCUACCGAUGCAGUCACCGUUAGGAAACAACAGGCAGCACUCAGUAACUGAUGUUUUUCAAUCUCCCGUCAACAACAACAUCAACAGACAACUGUUCCCAUCUGUAUCUCCAGGCCAAUCGUUGCUCCAAAGGCACGCAACACAUUUAGUGUUUACGGACCCAACCAGCGGUGAAAACAGACUGAUCCCCAUCGUCGAUUCAGAAAACGAAGAACAACAGAACAUAAUCUCGUCGCCCUCCGACCACGAGAACCAGAAUCAAGUGGUCGAAGUCGUGGUGCCCCCUACACCCAGGAGGACCGGGAGUUUGGCGAUUUUCUUCAGGAAAUUCUACAAUUUGGCCGGGGAACGGCUGGACCAUCUCUGCACCAAUCUGAAGAAGCAGGACUUGAAAGCCAAAAUCUGGACGAUAUUCGAAGAAUCCGUAACAAAACACACACACCUGAUGCGCGAUCGUCAUCUCGAUCAGCUGCUGAUGUGCGCCGUCUACGUCGUCGCCAAAGUGUGCCAGGAGCACAUCAUGUUUACGGACGUGAUGCGAUGCUACCGGACCCAGCCCCAGGCCACCAGCGACAUUUACAGAAAUGUGCUGCUGGCCCACAAGAGGAGGGAAAUAGUGGAAGGUGGCGUGGUCGAGGUGCCGGAAGUCCGUGGCGAUCUGAUCUCGUUUUAUAACAACACAUACGUGAACGAGAUGAAGGGACUGGCACAGCGGCUGGCGCCGUCCAACCAAAAACCGAACAUCAUGCUGAGUCCCCUGCCGGUGGUGAAAAGGCAGCCGAUGUCGUCCCAGAUGCACGUGAUCGGCAACGUGUUCGUAAAGCCGUUCGAAAAUCCCAAUUCCUUCAGCGAGGGAAGUCCCUCGUUCAGUUAUAUUUUCAACAGAAGUCCCUCAAAGGACCUGAUGAACAUAAAUCGUGCAAUAAACGGUGUGAUAAAUGCCAAACGCCUGUUGAGUGAGGACACGGAAAUGGAUCCGGAGCUGCCCCAAACGAAACGGACAGCUUCCUACAAAAAAAUACAGUCCUUGGUGGAAGAAAGGAAAAGCCAAAAUUUACAAUAGUAUAGCGUGCAUCUCUCACCAUAAUUUAUUAACUAUUUAAGCGGCAGUGCGAAUCAAAAGAUUGAUACAGUUGAUAUUUGAAAAAUAAUUGAACAAUUGGAACCUGUAAGCUAAUUGUGAGGUUCUACGUCAGAAGUCGUUCAAGUACCUCUGAUUGAGUACUUCACCAUUAGUUUACAGUUUACAAUUGUUUCAUUGUCUUAGAAAUUAAAACUUGAAUUCUAUUCGAUAAAUUCACGUAAAUAGGCGCAGAAUUAUCCUCCUCAAAUAAACAAUCAAAUUUUAAUUGGAAACCGUUCGUUAAAAAAGUGCAAUAGACUUGAAAAUUAAGAGUGACAUAAUAAUUUUGUCGAUUUCAAACACAAUUAGUAUAUUAUGCUAGUAUAACAUAUUUAAUAAGAUUAAUAAUUGAAAUUAAUAAUAUAGUAAUGGGGAAAACUGAAACUUUACUAAUUAAAAUUCUCAAUAAUUUUUACUAGUGAAUUUGCUUACGUAAAUUUUGCAUCUACAGGAUGAUAAAAUGGUUGGAGGAACCAGGUUUAUUAUAAUAAUGGUCCCAGUUAAGCCUUAUAGCAUUAAAUUUUCAUCUUCAACCGUUUUAUUAUCCUGCAGAUUUUCGUGUCUUUAAGAUAAUGGAAUAACUGGGGGCAAUAAAGUAAUAUUGAGGUUUUUGGCUCAAGUUCUCAAUUUCAAGAGAUGUUGAGUUAAAGACCUUGCUAAAACUUUAUUGUUUCCAGAUAUACCAUUGUCUCAAAGGCUAUAUAUUUUUUAUCAGGCUAAAUAAUUUAAAAUUAAUGGUAUUAUUUAAAUUCUAAAAUUAAUUAUCUCAACAGAAGAAAAACUAAAUUACCGGUUUUAUAUACGUUCGCAUAAAAUUUUGGACUGCAGAAUAUUUAGUUCCAUUGUCUUGCAGUAUCUUCUGUCUUUAAGAUAAUGGAAGAGCUGGACUCAAUAAAUUAGUAUUGAGGUAUUUAGCUCAAGAUCCCAAUUUCAAAAGAUGCUGAGUUAAAGACCUUGCUACAACUUUAUUGCUUUCAGCUCUUUCAUUGUCUUGAAGGCUAUAAUUUUUUAUCAGAUUACAUAAUUAUUUUGAAAUUAAUGGUAUAAUUUACAUCCUAAAAUCAAUUAUCUCAACAAAUCAAUGAAUGACAGAAGAAAAACUAAUUUUCCAGUUUUAUAUACGUUCGCAUAAAAUUUUGGACUGCAGAAUAUUUAGUUCCAUUGUCUUGCAGUGUCUUCUGUCUUUAAGAUAAUGGAAGAGCUGGACUCAAUAAAUUAGUAUUGAGGUAUUUAGCUCAUGAUCCCAAUUUCAAAAGAUGCUGAGUUAAAGACCUUGCUACAACUUUAUUGCUUUCAGCUCUUUCAUUGUCUUGAAGGCUAUAAUUUUUUAUCAGAUUACAUAAUUAUUUUAAAAUUAAUGGUAUAAUUUACAUCAUAAAAUCAAUUAUUUCAACAAACCAAUGACUGACAGAAUAAUUAAAUUUCCAGUUUUAUGAUAUGUCCGCACAAAAUUUUGGUUUGCAAAAUAGUUCCAUCGUUUUGCAGUCUCUCGUGUCUUCAGGAUAAUGGAAUAGCUGGACUCAAUAAAUUAAGUAUUGAGGUAUUUAGCUCAAGAUCCCAAUUUUAAGAGACGUUGAGUUAAAGACCUUGCUACAACUUUAUUGCUUUCAGCUAUUCCAUUGUCUCGAAGGCUAUAAUAUAUCAUACUACGGUAAUUAUUUUAAAAUUAAUGGUCUAAUUUAAUUCCUAAAAGCAAUUAUCUCAACAAACCAAUGACUGACAGAAUAAUUAAAUUUCCAGUUUUAUAUGAUAGUCCGCACAAAUUUUUGGUUUACAAAAUAGUGCUAUCGUUUUGCAGUCUCUCUCGUGUCUUUAGGAUAAUGGAAUAGUGGGAGGUAAUAAAGUAAUAUUGAGGUCUUUAGCUCAUAGUCUCGGUUUCAAGAGACAUUGAGUUAAAGAUCUUGCUACAACUUUAUUGCCUUCUACCAUUUCAUUGUCUCGAAGGCAAUAAUAUAUCAUACUACGGUAAUUAUCUUAAAAUUAAUGGUCUAUUUUAAUUCCUAAAAUCAAUCAUCUCAAUAAACCAAUGACUGACAGAAUAAUUAAAUUUCCAGUUUUAUGAUAGUCCGCACAAAAUUUUGGUUUACAAAAUAGUUCCAUCGUUUUGCAGUCUCUCGUGUCUUUAGGAUAAUGGAAUAGUGGAAGGUAAUAAAUUAAUAUUGAGGGCUCGGUUUCAAGAGACAUUGAGUUAAAGAUCUUACUACAACUUUAUUGCCUUCUACUAUUCCAUUGUCUCGAAGGCUAUAAUAUAUUACGGUAAUUAUAUUAAAAUUAAUGGUCUAAUUUAAUUCCUAAAAUCAAUCAUCUCAAUAAACCAAUGACUGACAGAAUAAUUAAAUUUCCAGUUUUAUAUGAUAGUCCGCACAAAAUUUUGGUUUACAAAAUAGUUACAUCGUUUUGCAGUCUCUCGUGUCUUUAGGAUAAUGGAAUAGUUGGAGGUAAUAAAGUAAUAUUGAGGUCUUUAUCUCAUGGUCUCUGUUUCCAGAGACAUUGAGUUAAAGAUCUUGCUACAACUUUAUUGCCUUCUACUAUUUCAUUGUCUCGAAGGCUAUAAUAUAUUACGGUAAUUAUUUUAAAAUUAAUGGUCUAAUUUACUUCCUAAAAUCAAUUAUCUCAAUAAACCAAUGGCUGACAGAAUAAUUAAAUUUCCAGUUUUAUAUGAUAGUCUGCACAAAAUUUUGGUUUACAAAAUAGUUCCAUUGUUUAGCACUCUCUCGUGUCUUUAGGAUAAUGGAAUAGUGGAAGGUAAUAAAUUAAUAUUGAGGUCUCGGUUUCAAGAGACAUUGAGUUAAAAAUCUUGCUAUAACUUUAUUGCCUUCUAUUAUUCCAUUGUCUAGAAGGCUAUAAUAUAUCAUAUUACGGUAAUUAUUUUAAAAUUAAUGGUCCAAUUUAAUAAAUCUAAUAAUAAUAAUAAUCUCAAUAAACCAAUGACUGACAGAAUAAUUAAAUUUCCAGCUUUAUAUGAUAUUCCGCACAAAAUUUUGGUUUACAUAAUAGUUCCAUCGUUUUGCAGUCUCUCUCGUGUCUUUAGGAUAAUGGAAUAGUGGGAGGUAAUAAAGUAAUAUUGAGGUCUCGGUUUCAAGAGACAUUGAGUUAAAGGUCUUGCUACAACUUUAUUGCCUUCUACCAUUUCAUUGUCUCGAAGGCUAUAAUAUAUCAUAUUACGGUAAUUAUUUUAAAAUUAAUGGUCUAAUUUAAUUCCUAAAAUAAAUUAUUUCAAUAAACCAAUGACUGACAGAAUAAUUAAAUUUCCAGCUUUAUAUGAUAUUCCGCACAAAAUUUUGGUUUACAAAAUAGUUCCAUCGUUUUGCAGUCUCUCUCGUGUCUUUAGGAUAAUGGAAUAGUGGGAGGUAAUAAAGUAAUAUUGAGGUCUCGGUUUCAAGAGACAUUGAAUUAAAGAUCUUGCUACAACUUUAUUGCCUUCUACCAUUUCAUUGUCUCGAAGGCUAUAAUAUAUCAUACUACGGUAAUUAUUUUAAAAUUAAUAGUCCAAUUUAAUUCCUAAAAUCAAAUAUCUCAACAAAAACCAAUGUCUGACAGAAUAAUUAAAUUUCCAGUUUUAUAUGAUAGUCCGCACAAAAUUUUGGUUUACAAAAUAGUUCCAUCGUUUUGCAGUCUCUCGUGUCUUUAGGAUAAUGGAAUAGUGGGAGGUAAUAAAGUAAUAUUGAGGUCUUUAUCUCAUGGUCUCUGUUUCAAGAGACAUUGAGUUAAAGAUCUUGCUACAACUUUAUUGCCUUCUACCAUUUCAUUGUCUCGAAGGCUAUAACUUAUCCGAUUAUAUAUAAUUUUAAAAUUAAUGGUUUAAUUAAAAUCCUAAAAUCAAUUUUCACCAAGCCAACGAUUGACAGAAGAAAAACUAAAUUUCCAAUUUUAUAUAAAGCGUUCACAUAAAGUUUUGAUCUGCAGGAUGGUUUCGUUACCUUGUUGUUUUCCAAGUCUUUAGGAUAAUGGAAUAGUUGGAGGUAAUAAAUUAAUAUUGAGGUCUUUAGUUCAUAGUCUGUUUCAAGAGACAUUGAGUUAAAGAUCUUGCUACAACUUUAUUGCCUUCUACUAUUUCAUUGUCUUAAAGGCCAUAAUUUAUCAGAUUAUAAAUAAAGUAAUUAUUUUAAAAUUAAUAUAGUAUAUUUUAAACAAUAAAAUCAGUUAUCAGAACAGCAGGGUAUUUUGAGAAUUUGAGAUAAUGGAACGACUCCAUGCUGUAAAUUAGUAUUGAGGUUUUCAACUCGAGGCCUCUGAAUCGGUUUUCAGAAACAUUGGGUUAAAUAUCUCGCUACAAGUCUACAGUAUCGAGCCGUUCUAUUGUCUUAAAAACUAUAAUUUUGUCAGAUUAAGUAAUUAUUUUUAAAGUUAAAUUAAAAUUAAAUCAUAAAAUCAAUUUACUCAACAAGCUAGUCAACAACGGAAUUGUCUUGCAGAUUUUCGUGUCUUUAAGAUAAUGGAACAACACGAACCUGCAAAUUAAUAUUGAGGUUUUCAGCUCGGGGUCUCAGUUUCAGGAGACUUUGGAUUGAAGAUCUCGCUACAAAUUUGCAGUUUCGCGAUGCUCCAUUGUCUUAAAGACUUAUUUUUCAAAAUUAAUGUAACGACUUUGAAUUAAUUUGAAAUUCUCCAUAAAUUCUAGCGCCUGCAAGAUAAUGGAACCAAUCUCAGAAUUUACAAGGGACUUGUGUUGUUUUUAAGACUAAAUUAUUAGAGAUUUCAGUAGCCAUUACAUGUAAUUUCUUGUCUACAGGACGAUGGAACCAUUAUAUUUAUAGUGGCAUCAGUUAAAUUACUUUUACACAUUUUAUUUCCAUCUUGAAGGACUUUUAGUUAACUAUUUCAUUAUAAAUAUAGUGUUUUUAACCAAAAAAAUCAAAAUUUACCACUCAUUAGUAUGCAUAAAGUUCUGGGCUUAAAUGUCAUUAAUUUUCUUGAACAUUGAAAUUAGAAUUAUUGUAUAAUUUGAAACCAUUUAUAAAUUCUAGUGGCCGCAAGAUAAUGGAACAACUGGACCCAGUAAAUUAAUCGUUCUAUCAAUCUCAAUCUUUCUCCAUUAAUUUCGAAAAAUAAGUAAAUUUCAGUUCUGCAAGAGAAUGGAAUGAUCGGAACAACAAAAUUAAUAUUCUCAGUUAAAUGUCUCUUAAGCAUUUUAAUCGACUCUCAUUAUAAAUUGUUUGCAACAGUGUCUUUGAGAUAAUGGAACAACACGGACCUGCAAAUUUAUAUUGAGGUUUUCAGCUCAAAGUCUCUGUAUUAGUUUCCACAGACGUUGAGUUGAACAUCUCGCUACAAAUUUGCAGUUUCGCGAUGUUCCAUUAUCUUAAAGAAUAUAAUUUUUCAAAAUUAAUAGUGCUUCGUGUACAUAACUUCGGGCCUGGAUGCAUUAAAUUUAUAGUGAUGUUUUUAAAUACUAAAGGAACUUCGAAUUCGAAAUUGUUGUAUAAUUUGGCAUCACACAUAAAUUUUAGUGCCUACAAGAUAAUGGAACAUUUUGAACCAUUAAAUUAACAGUUUUCUUUCAAAUUAUUGUUAUUAAGACUAAUUUUUUUACGGUUUCCAAUCAAAAUUGCCUUGAAAUUUAAAUUAACUGUUUAAUGAGGAUAUAUUCAGCAACUUUAAGAGAAAUAUACAGUACAAAAUUACUGACAAGUGUUAUAUUAAUUAAAAUUAAUUUUAGAGCGAGCAUAAAGUUGAUGUGUACAAGAUAAUGGAACAGCUGGGAGCAAUCGAUUUAUAGUGUGAUGCAUAAAUUGAAAGUGUCUUAAAAAUUUUGCUUAAAAUCAAAAUAUCCAAGGGACUUCUAAUUUAUGCAUCUCACUCUAAGUCAAGUGCUUUUAGCUGUUCUGGUGUCUUAAAGACUGUAAUUUUCGUCGGUUUCAAUCGAAAUGACUUUAUAUUGAUUGAAAUCAAUAGUAUAAUUUCAAAGUGUAACGUUUGUGGUUUUUGCUUUAUAUAAUUUGUAGAAAAUUAUAGUUAAUUUUAGAUUCAGCAAUCUUUGGUUAUUUUAUGUAAAUAUUGAAUUUCCCUUUUUAUCAAAUAUUGUUAAGAGAGAGAGAGGAGAGUUGGAUAAUUAUUUUAAUUUAUAUAUAUAUCGAAUUGUAUGUAGGUAGCAUCAAUCAUUCAGGGUGUUUCUAAAAAUUGUUUUCAAAUAGUGAUUCAUGUAUUUUACCCUUUUAGAAUUUUAAUUGUAAACCAAUUUAGUAGGUAGGCUUUUAGUUAUUAGUAUUGAUUGUCAUUAUGUAAAUUAAAGUGUAAUUUAAAUCAUUUCACUAUUUACUUUUUAGCGUUUUUUCUUAUGGAACGACUGGAAGGCUGUGAAACUAAACCUAUGACUACUAUGAAUUUUCAAAGCCUAGCAGCACCCUGUAUUUUUGAAAAUUUCAGCAGAUUGAAAAAAAUUAUUAAUAAAUAAUCCAUUAAUUGAUUAUUCUUUUUAAUAUUGUCUUUUUAUAAAAUAGUAAAGAUGUUACAUAGAAUUUUUGAGGUAUUUUUAAUACUUAUAUUUUAAUUUGUAAUAUUAUGAAUCAUAAUAAAAAUACUUAA